AGCGUUACGACAAUGAAGCGACGGGUGGUUUUCAGUGAGUCGGAUUCAGAACAAGGAAAAGCCGACAGUAAAACAAAGUACGAAACGAUAUUCCGAGAAGAAAGGAAAUACACAGACGUCGAUGAUAAUCAAAUAUCCUGCCGUGAUAACUCCCAGCAGUCAAUAAUCGACGCUUUACGACGACAGCAAGAGUUAUGCAAAAUCAAUCGUGGCAAGAAAGCAAAUACUAUUGAAGCGUACUUCUCACAGUCUGUGAAACCCAAGAAGAAUGUAGUUUCCGUUGAUGAUUUCUUCGGACCAUCUGGAACAAAAUCGAAUGCUAAGCCUUCUGCUGUCGUCAGCACACCACCUCAUUCACCGAUGGAGAUCAUCCCGGAUACACCAAUAUUAUCUCCGAAAACACCUCUGGGGACCAGAGGAAGUUAUAAAAGCUCACCCCAAAUCAAUGUUAUCUCGGAGGGUGUGAAGACAACUAGUAAUCAAACGUCAUCCAUGGUUAAUGAAUCUCUUAAUGAUAGCACUGAUACUGCUGUAAAAGAUCGAAAGCAUUUUUGGGCCUACAAAGCUCGCGAUGGUCCUCGCAGUCUUGGAUCAAGAGAAAUUCCUAAGGGAACUCCGGAUUGUUUAAAGGGACUAAACUUUCUCAUCACUGGAAUACUAGAGUGUAUUGAACGAGAGGACGCUGCAAAUCUUAUUCAGAAUUGUGGUGGAAAAGUUUUAAAAACAUUGGGUAAAAAGACUGAUUAUCUUGUUGUCGGGCGUGAACCUGGUGCAGCCAAAAUCGAGAAGGCUAAUAAUUUGAAAAUUAAGCAGAUUACCGAAGAACAUCUCUUUGAAAUGAUAGAAAAGUCCAGUAAUAUUCCUCUUGUAAAUCAUAAAUCGAAUGUAUGCAGCUCAGAAUCUUCCAAGAAAUUGGAGCCUGUAGAUGCAAACGAUAGUAAACAAAAUUUAAAAAGUCCUAAAAAAUCCCCCAAGAAGAAUCAAUCUACCAAAUCACCGGAUAAUGCUCCUAAAUCUCGUAAACAUGAAUCUCCGAAUAAAUGUGCAGGAAAGUCUGUUAUGUCCUCAUGUAGUGAACUUCCUCUUACUGCACGUCCUGUUUUAACUAAUAAUUCAACAUUCAAUAAUAAAACUGAUCGAAGUCAUAGCAGUGGUUUAUCCAAAACUCCUACUAAUGUCAUCGAUAAGCAAGAUUCCCUGUCCAAGGAGAUGAGUUCGAAGUUGUCUGAAUUAUGGGUUGAUAAGUAUAAACCAACGUCUAUUCGCUCGCUGAUUGGUCAAAAUGGUGCACAAAGUCCAGCCAAUCGACUUUUAAAUUGGCUAUCUUCCUGGCACUCGAGUUUUUCAGCAGGUUUAAAAGCGAAGGCUUACUCAAGUGCCCCUCCAUGGGGCCCGUCAUCUAGUGAUGAUGGGAAGUGGGCGCGCGCAGCACUUCUUUCGGGACCUCCAGGGAUUGGCAAAACAUCAACCGCUAUUUUAGUAUGCAAAGAACUCGGUUAUACUUAUUGCGAAUUUAAUGCAUCCGAUUGUCGAUCCAAGCGGUGUUUAAGUGAAGAAAUAGGACAGUCUUUGGGUUUACGAAAUUUGUCACAUAUGGCGUUUGGUCAAGCAUCAACAUUAAAUUCUGGUCGUCACGUUUUAAUUAUGGACGAAGUAGAUGGUAUGGCUGGUAAUGAAGAUCGCGGAGGAAUGCAAGAACUUAUUAACAUGAUUAAAAUUACUCAAUUACCUAUUAUUUGUAUGUGCAAUGAUCGUCAGGCUAUAAAAAUACGCUCUCUGGCUAAUUAUUGUCUCGAUUUAAGAUUUCAUCGUCCACGAGUUGAACAAAUAAAUAAUCAUGAUAUUAGACAGGUAAUUAAUAAUGUUCAAAUGUGGUGUAGCUCUGGUUUAAUUGAUUCCGAAGGAUUAAAAGCGGAUGCAUUAGGUGCACGUAAAGAUCUACACUUAAAUGCAUUUGAUGUGAUUCGUAAAGUGUUUGCACCGGAUAUUUCUGGUUCUCAAGGCAGUGUUGCUACAUUCAAUGAAAGUUUAGAUUUAUUUUUUCAAGAUUACAAUUUAAUUCCUUUGUUUGUUGAGGAAAAUUAUCUUAAUGUUAGAGUUCAUAAUACCCAUGACGAUAAAAAAAUUUUGCAAUUAAUGUCUCAAGCAGCGUCUGACAUCGCCACGGCAGAUAUCAUUUCAUCUACUAUCAGAUCAUCACGUACGGGAUCAUGGUCUUUAUUACCUGUUCAAGGUGUGUUCAGUACAGUUUCACCCGGUCGUACUCUUCGUGGCUCUUUACCUGGUGGCCCAGGUGGUGUUUCAUUUCCUUCUUGGUUUGGUAAGAAUAGUACACAAAGCCGUAUCAAUCGGACUACUUCGGAAUUAGCUGCACAUUUACGAUUAGCAACUCAUUGUGGUUCAUCAAACCCGCUUACAUUAUUGCUAGAUUAUGCUACACCAAUCUCUGAACUUAUCACUCGUCCACUUAAAGAAGGUGAUAUUGACAGUGCUAUUCAAUUUCUAAUUAAUUAUCAAAUAACAAGAGAAGAUGUUGACUCUAUAAUGGAAUUAACUACUUGGCCGAAUCGACCGAAUCGAAUGCUUAGUGUUGAUUCAAAAGUCAAAGCUGCAUUAACGCGUACGUAUAAUAAAUCAUCGCAUUUACUACCGUAUGUCAUCUCAUCAAGUGGUUCCUUUAAACGUAAACGUGGUGGUGGUGCUCCAGUUUCAUUUGAAGGGGAAAUUGAAAAUGAUUCUGGUCUAUUCGACGAUGAUGAUGAAGGAGAAGAACAGGAAGACGAGAAAGUCGACCUGAAGAAUGAUGCCAUGAUUUUAAUUAAAAAAGAAGAUCCAAAAAAGCGCAUAAACACUGAGAAAUCCAAAUUACAACGAGUAGAGCAAUGUUCAUCUUCUGAUAGCAACAAUACAAAAGAACGUGGUCGAGGUCGUGGUCGCGGUAGAGCUAACAAUAUUUCGUUGUUAUCAAUGGUAGCUAAUUCAAAACUGCGUAUCGGUACACAUGAUGGACGAUUCCAUGCAGAUGAAAUACUUGCAUGUGCAAUGCUUAAACAUUUACCGGAAUACUCAAAUGCUGAAAUUAUACGCACAAGAGACUCAAGUAUUUUGUCAACAUGUGAUAUCGUCGUUGACGUUGGCGGUGUAUUCAAUGCUGAAAAUCAUCUAUAUGACCAUCAUCAAAGAGAAUUCAACCUUACUUAUAAAGAUUUUUAUCCGAAUUCUGAUUGGGAUAUAAAAUUAAGUAGUGCAGGUUUGAUAUACGUUCAUUUCGGUCAAAAAAUACUAAGUUGUAUACUUGGUAUGGCUGAAAAUACUAUGGAUCCAUUAGUGACGGCACUUUUUGAUAAGAUGUAUAGUUCAUUUAUUGUUGAGAUAGACGCUAUCGAUAAUGGUGUUCCGAUGGCAAUAACACCUUUAAGAUAUUCUAUGAAUACAUCUUUAAGUAGUCGAGUGAAUCGUAUGAAUCCAGCUUGGAAUCAAUUGGAUACAGAUGAAACUAUUUGUUUUCAUAAUGCAUUACAAUUAGUUGAUAAAGAAUUUAUUACAUUAGUUCAUUUCUAUGCUGAUACAUGGUAUCCAGCUCGUGAAAUUGUAUUAAAUGCUGUGAAAAAUCGAUAUUCCAUUGAUUCAUCUGGUACAAUAAUUUAUAUUGAAGGUACUGGAUGUCCUUGGAAUGCACAUUUUUUUGAAAUUGAAAAAUCUUUAUCAUUAAAUAAUGUAAAUGAAAUUGAAAAACAGAAUCAAAUUCUAUUUGUUAUUUAUCAACGUAAAGAUAGUACAUGGACUAUACAAGCUAUACCAUUGGAUGAGCAUAAUAAUUUUUCACAAAGACUUCCUCUACCUGAAAGUUGGAGAGGUUUACGUGAUGAACAGUUAAGUAGUAUUGUUGGGCUGCCUGAUUGUAUAUUUGUACAUUCUACUGGGUUCUUAGGUGUACAUAAAACUCGUGACGGUGUUCUACAAAUGGCAAGAUUAACCAUAAAAAUGAAAGAAAAUCAGUAACUUCUGUUCUCUUUUAUCAUUAUCUAUUUUUAUCCUGGUUCCUAAAGCUAAAAAAUACACGUAUAUGCUUUUUGAAAUCUCCUUUCAUCUUUUAAAGUAUGAUAGCGAGAGGGGUUUACUAACUGGAUGAUUGAUCUCAAG